UAAGAUGUUCGUAAAAAAUAUUUGGACCGUUUUCGAAAAAUUAUAUAUUGUGUUAAAUUACCACAUGUACCUUUGCUCUUACAUAAUGGCAUAAAAUUUGUAUUUGUAUGAAGAUCUAUUAACGUAGUUACAUUCACCACAGUGUCGUGCUCGAGGCAUCUUUUUCCUCGGCAGCGGAAAUAUUCAAACCGAAUUUUAUGGUACAUAGAGUAUUAAUUAAGGAAUGGAAGAAUACGCAAGAGAACCAUGCCCAUGGCGUAUAAUAGAUGACUGUGGUGGUGCAUUUACAAUGGGUGCUAUUGGUGGGGCAGUAUUUCAAAGUAUUAAAGGUUUUCGUAAUGCACCUAGUGGAAUAAACAAAAGGAUCGUAGGAAGUCUUGCUGCUAUUAAACAGAAGUCUCCUAUCAUUGCUGGAAACUUUGCAUUAUGGGGUGGUAUGUUUUCCACGAUAGAUUGUACAUUGGUUCAUCUUAGAAAAAAAGAAGAUCCAUGGAAUUCUAUUAUCAGUGGAGCAGCCACUGGUGGAAUAUUAGCAGCAAGAAAUGGUUUACCAGCCAUGGCUGGUAGUGCAAUUAUUGGAGGAGUGUUACUGGCUUUAAUAGAAGGUGUAGGAAUACUUAUUACUCGUAUAUCUGCAGAACAAUUUAAACCUCCAUCAUUUACUGAGGAACCAAGCUCUUUGAGACAGUCAACGCAGGGUCAUCCAUCAUAAAAUAUAUAAAUAUUUAGAUGUAUUUCAAUAUCACUCGACUAAUUAAGUACAAAUGUUUCAUAUUGUUUGAAACGGUAGUAGUUGGAAACUAUCAUAUUGCCAGUACAUCAAAUUUGUAUAGACAAUUCAAUUCUUUGAUUUAAGAA